CGCAGCCCGCCUCCCCGGGCCACGCCGAGGCCGCCCCUCCCCGACCCCGCCCCGCCCGGGUCGGGCUCCCAGAGACCGGCUUCCUCCUCUCCAGUGGAGUCCCUCUGUCCCUGCGCCUCCUCCGCCACCGCCCAGAGCCCUCUGGCUCGACGUCACCCGCGCACCCACCAAUGAACAGAAGAGAGACCGGGCUUCGGCAUCCUCAGAAGAAAGUAGUGGUUCCCUGCUGUGCUGAGGAAACUGAUCCUUAGGAAGACUAAUUAGCUCAAGGUCACACAGCCAGCAAGUCCAGAACUGCCUGUCUCCAGAGUCUUUGCUCUCAACCACUGGACUGGAGUGGACUCUCAGAACUUCACAUGGGUUUCUAACAUUAUUUCUAACCAGCAUCAUGCUGGAGCAGGAGGCUGGUAGCCUGCAGUUUUCAAAAUGGCCGAGCUGGACGCCGAUUUGGAUCACAUCAUCCCGUCUUCAGUCGUUCCCCCUUUCUGGGCUAAGUUAGUAGUGGGAUGUGUUUCCCUCCUGUGUUUUGCACGGAGCUAUGAUGGAGAUUUUGUCUUUGACGACUCAGAAGCUAUUGUUAACAAUAAGGACCUCCAGGCCGGCACACCCCUGGGAGACCUGUGGCAUCAUGACUUCUGGGGCAGCAGACUGAGCAGCAACACCAGCCACAAGUCCUACCGGCCUCUCACCGUUCUGACUUUCAGGAUUAACUACUAUCUGUCAGGCGGCUUCCACCCUGUGGGUUUUCAUGUGGUCAACAUCCUCCUGCACGGUGGCAUCUCCGUCCUCAUGGUGGACGUCUUCUCCGUGUUAUUUGGUGGCCUGCAGUACACCAGUAAAGGCCGGAGGGUGCACCUGGCCCCCAGAGCGUCCCUGCUGGCAGCGCUGCUGUUUGCCGUCCAUCCAGUGCACACCGAGUGCGUUGCUGGCGUUGUCGGCCGCGCUGACCUCCUGUGCGCCCUGUUCUUUUUGUUAUCUUUCCUUGGCUACUGUAAAGCAUUUAGAGAAAGUAACAAGGAGGGAACACAUUCAUCUACCUUCUGGGUGUUGCUGAGCAUCUUCCUGGGAGCAGUGGCCAUGCUGUGCAAAGAGCAAGGGAUCACUGUGCUGGGUUUGAAUGCAGUGUUUGACAUCUUGGUGAUAGGCAAAUUCAACCUUCUGGAAGUCAUCCAGAAGAUACUACGUAAGGACAAGUCAUUAGAGAGUAUCAGCAUGCUCAGGAGUGGGGGCCUCCUCUUCCGAAUGACCCUCCUCACCUCCGGAGGGGCUGGUGUGCUGUAUGUGCGCUGGAGAAUCAUGGGUACCGGCCCGCCAGCAUUUACGGAGGUAGACAACCCAGCCUCCUUUGCUGAUAGCAUGUUGGUUAGGGCCAUAAACUAUAAUUACUACUAUUCAUUGAAUGCCUGGCUGCUGCUGUGUCCCUGGUGGCUCUGUUUUGAUUGGUCAAUGGGCUGCAUCCCCCUCAUUAAGUCCAUUGGUGACUGGAGGUUGAUUGCUUUAGCAGCACUCUGGCUCUGCCUAAUUGGCCUAAUAUGCCAAGCCCUGUGCUCCGAAGACAGCCGCAAGAGAAGAAUCCUUACACUGGGCCUGGGAUUUCUUGUGAUCCCCUUUCUUCCUGCAAGCAACCUGUUCUUCCGAGUGGGCUUUGUGGUGGCCGAGCGGGUCCUCUACCUCCCCAGUGCUGGCUACUGCAUGCUGCUAACCUUUGGAUUUGGAGCCCUGAGCAGACAUACUAAGAAAAAGAAGCUCAUUGCUGCCUUGGUGCUGGGGAUUUUGUUCAUCAACAUCCUGAGAUGCAUGAUUCGCAGUGGCGAGUGGCGGAGUGAGGACCAGCUUUUUCGAAGCGCCCUGUCUGUGUGCCCCCUCAAUGCUAAGGUUCACUACAACAUCGGCAAAAACCUGGCUGACAAAGGCAACCAAACAGCAGCCAUCAGAUACUACCGGGAAGCAGUAAGAUUAAAUCCCAAAUAUGUUCAUGCCAUGAAUAAUCUUGGAAAUAUCUUAAAAGAAAGGAACGAGCUACAGGAAGCUGAAGAGCUGCUGUCUUUGGCUGUUCAGAUACAGCCGGAUUUUGCUGCUGCGUGGAUGAAUUUGGGCAUAGUGCAAAACAGCCUGAAACGGUUCGAGGCAGCGGAACAGAGUUACCGGACAGCAAUUAAAUACAGAAGGAAAUACCCGGACUGCUACUAUAACCUCGGGCGUCUGUAUGCAGAUCUGAAUCGCCACGUGGAUGCUUUGAAUGCCUGGAGAAACGCCACGGUGCUAAAGCCAGAACACAGCCUGGCCUGGAACAACAUGAUCAUCCUCCUCGACAGCACAGGUAAUUUAGCACAGGCUGAAGCAGUUGGAAGAGAGGCACUGGGAUUAAUACCUAAUGAUCAUUCUCUUAUGUUCUCCUUGGCAAACGUGCUGGGGAAAUCCCAGAAAUACAAGGAAUCUGAAGCUUUAUUCCUCAAGGCAAUUAAAGCAAAUCCAAAUGCUGCAAGUUACCAUGGUAAUUUGGCUGUGCUUUAUCAUCGUUGGGGACAUCUCGACUUAGCCAAGAAACACUAUGAAAUCUCCUUGCAGCUUGACCCCACGGCAGCAGGCACCAAGGAGAAUUAUGGCCUCCUGAGAAGAAAGCUGGAACAGAUGCAGAAAAAGGAUGUCUGACCUUUUCCCUUCGUCUUUUGAGUUUGUGCAUGUGUGCACAAGGCAUAUCAUUAACAUGUGCUUACUUUUAACCAUUUGAAAUUCUUAGACAUGUUGUUUAUUUUACUAUUAUUUUUUUCUAUGAAAACAAAGACAUGCAAAAAGAUUACAGCACCAGCAAUAUACUCUUGAAUGCUUGAUAGGGUUUUUGCAUCAAAAUUGUAUUUUUUCAGAUGACUCAAAUGUAAUUCUAGACUCCCCAAAGUGAAAACUUUUCUAAGUAAACAAAAAAAGAGAAAAAAUGAUCUCAAGUAAUUUUUCCCAGUAGUAAGCCUGCAUCUGGGAUGUGAACCUGUGUUUGGACUAGCACUAUGAAACCUCAGUUGUGAACAAGAAUGAAAGACUCCUACAAUUUAUAUGAACAUCAAAUGUGUCUGUAUAUUAGCAGUUUUAUUUAAUGACAUUAAAUGAAAGAGUUUUUGGGUUUUUUAACCUCUUAUUUUAUAACAAUGUGUACCAUAAAUUUUCUUUGUAAGGAAAUAUUUAUUUGUAUUUUUAUGUGUUGGACAGGGCAAAUAAUUGAAGAUUGGAAAUUUUUGACAUCUAGUAUAUUUAUAUACUUUUUCCUCUGUAGAAAGAAAUUGACUCCUGCAAUAUUUUUUUGUAUUCUCCAGGAUAUGCAGUUUCAGUACAUAGAGUAUUAUAUAAUAGUACAUUAACUGUCACUAUUGAUAGAAAAUUCUAGCAAUGCUUUAGGUAAGAGCAGGCAGCCUAACAUCUUUGUUCUGUUAAUUGCAGUGUUCACAGGACUACACAUGUAUGUACGUUGGGGUUUUAUGUGUUUAAAUGUAAAGCAGUUAUCUAUUUUGCUUAAUAGAACUACAGACCUUAUUCUGUCUAGAAAAUGCAAGAGAUAAAUUUUCUCUCAAAAGGAAGCAUGUUUGGGGACUUUGUCAUACUUUCAAGAUUUGGGGUUUUUUUCUAUUUUUAUUUGAUCAGAAUAAUCAUGUUUACUUGUUUGUUUGCUGUCAAUCUAAGGUUCAUUCAGUCUCUGUUAUUUCUUAUGCAGUAAAAUUAUUAUACAAACUGGCAUGAAAAUGUCAUAUUACCUUCUUAAUAUAUGAUUUUCAAGUUA